CCUUUUGCCCCCACAUUCACACCCUUCUUGAAUCCUUCCCUUUCCCCACCCUGGGUUUCAGCACCACCAAACAGGAGGACCUGUGUGUUCUUUGAGGCCCCUGGAGUGCGGGGAAGCACAAAGACACUGGGGGAGCUGCUAGAUGCAGGACCAGGGCCUCCCAGGGUUAUUCGCUGCCUCUACAGUCACUGCUGCUUUGGGAUCUGGAACCUGACCCAAGGCCGGGCACAGGUGGAAAUGCAAGGAUGCCGAGACAGUGAUGAGCCAGGCUGUGAAUCCCUCCACUGUGACCUGAGUCCCCGAGCCCAUCCCAGCCCUGGCUCCACUCUCUUCACCUGCUCCUGUGGCACUGACUUUUGCAAUGCCAAUUACAGCCAUCUGCCUUCUCCAGGGAACCUGGGGGUUCCUGACCCCCAAGGUACCCAGGCUACCCCAGGCGAGUCCAUCUGGAUGGCAUUGGUGCUGUUGGGGCUGCUUCUCCUCCUCCUGCUUCUACUGAGCAGCAUCAUCUUGGCCCUGCUGCAGCGAAAAGCCUACAGAGUGCAAGGUGGGCCACAGCCAGAGCCAAACUCAGGCAGGGACUGGAGUGAGGAGCUGCCGGAGCUGCCGGAGCUGCCGGUGCUGCCAGAGCUGUGCUUCUCCCAGGUAAUCCAAGAAGGAAGUCACGCAGUGAUGUGGGCCGGGAGGCUGCAAGGCGAGCUGGUAGCCAUCAAGGCCUUCCCUCCAAGGGCUGUGGCCCAGUUCCGAGCCGAAAGAGCAGUUUAUGAGCUGCCAGGCCUACAGCAUGACCACAUUGUCCGCUUUAUUACUGCUGGCCAGGGGGGCCCUGGCUCCCUGCCCUCUGGGCCCCUGCUGAUACUGGAAUUGCAUCCCAAGGGCUCUCUGUGCCACUACUUGACCCAGCACACCAGUGACUGGGGAAGUUCCUUGCGGAUGGCACUCUCCCUGGCCCGGGGCCUGGCAUUUCUGCAUGAGGAACGCUGGCAGGAUGGCCAGUAUAAACCAGGUAUUGCCCACCGAGAUCUGAGCAGCCAGAAUGUGCUCAUUCGGGAAGACAGGUCAUGUGCAAUUGGAGAUCUAGGCCUAGCCUUGGUGCUCCCUGGUUUCAGUGGGUCCCCUGCCUGGGCUCCUUCUCAAUCCCAAGGCCCAGCUACCAUCAUGGAGGCUGGCACCCAAAGGUACAUGGCGCCAGAACUCUUGGACAAGACUCUGGACCUCCAGGAUUGGGGCACAGCCCUUCGGCGAGCAGAUGUUUACUCUCUGGCUCUGCUCCUAUGGGAGAUCAUGAGCCGCUGCCCCGAUUUGAGCCCUGAUGGCAGACCAUCACCUUUCCAACUGGCCUAUGAGGCAGAAUUGGGCAGCACUCCCACCACCUGUGAGCUAUGGGCCUUGGUAGUAGAGGAGAGGAGGCGCCCUUAUAUCCCAUCUACCUGGAUAUCCUUUGUUACAGACCCUGGUGGACUAAGGGAGCUCUUGGAAGACUGCUGGGAUGCUGAUCCAGAAGCACGACUGACAGCUGAGUGUGUACAGCAGCGCCUGGCUGUCCUGGCUCAUCCUCAGGAGGCCUACCCCUUCCAAGAGAAUUAUACACACAGCUGCCUACCUCUCUGCCCAGAAGACUGUACCUCCACUCCUACCCCUGCCAUUCUCCCCUGGCCUCAGCUGAGGGCCUGUCACUUCAGUAUUCAUUAAGGCCUUGAUUCCAGGAAUCCUUAGUUUUAUCUUAGUUCUCAUGUAUAAAUGAGCAGUUUAUGUGAAAUCUAUGUUCAUGUAAACAUAAAUGUGAUCAUGUGCCUAUUUGGGCUGCCUCAUGACUACCUUUCCCACUUGCUGAAUCUGGGAUUAUUCUGUGGCAUCUGGUUCACAGCAGUUCUGACCAGUGAAUAGUGGUAGAUGUGCACAGGAAAAAGAAUAAAGUGAGCUUUCCAGAUUUUUA